CAAUCAUGGAUGCUAGUUUAGUGGAAAACAUUGAGGCCCAGCUUGAGAGCUCUCAAACUGGUUCAACAUUAGAUCUCUCUCUGAUUGGAAAAGGAAAAGAAUUUAGAAAACUACAUGGUUACAUUGCCUCUCUGUUUAUCAUGGUGUUAGUGGUUUGCCAGUGUACUAUUACUGUAUUAGUACAAGUUGAUAUCAUUGACUUCAAUAUAAGUAUCGCUCCAAUAAAGUCAGCUCAUUUUCUACCCUUCCACUUUCUCCUGGUACUGCAGAGCUUUUGUUGGCUUGUAACUGCAAUUUUAGACAGGAUAAUACACCGCAUGUCAAGCAAGCAUAAAAGACAUGGUUAUGUCUCAUUUUAUACCGGCACAAAGUUCAUGAGACGGCUGCCUAGCUAUGUUAUGUCUUCAGGUUGUGCAAUUAGUCUGUUAGUGGCUGGUUUCUGGGGUGAUACCUCACCGCCCUGGAAAAAAGUUACUCCUCAACUCUUCAUGGUAAUAAUCUCAGUGGUACAGACAGUAAUCAUACUACCAGUAGUGUUUUAUUAUGUCACCACCGUUAUUAAGUUCAACAAAUCUCACAUUCUUCCCGAUAUGGAGAGGUACCUGAAAGAGAGUGCGUCUCCAAUACAGAUACAAGUUGGUCUCAGCAGGUCACAUCAAGAACUAGAGAUAACAAUAGAUAAGCAAGCAGAGAUAAUCCAGAGCCUGCAACAUCACAAUCAGGUCCUAGCAAGACGGAUCAUGUCCUUACACAAACAGAUAAAAGCUUAAACACAAGGAAAUGUUUUGGUUGAACGUUUGUCCGGCGGGAGUAAAAAGGAUUCGUAGAAAUUUUAUCAUUAGUUUUCCUAACCGCUUCAAGUUCAUUACAAGGAAUGAACAGUAAAAAGAUUAAGAUACUAAUAUGUAUUCUUUAGUUUGAUAUAUUAUAUUAUUAAUCAACUAUAUACAGCAAACACAAGAUAAUAGGAAAUAAAUCAUAAAAUCGAGUGGCCGAGUAGUCUCGACUCACCCAUAGCUUCUCCAUAAGCGUCUAUCAUGAGCUUUGUACACUAAAUCGUUGAAAUUACUUAAACUAAAUCUUUUAUUUACAAUCACAAUAAUAUUCUUUGUCAUAAUGACUUUUAAUAAUAAAUCAAAUAAAUUUGAACGAGGUCUGCCCCUCCUUCCUUUGUAGUCAAGACAUCCUAAACAUGCAAAUCUAAAAGAUAAGAAAGCGGGAGUGUCGUCACCGCUUCUGAGAACGUGCCCAAGCAUCUUCCAUCGUGCUUUCUUGAUCAUUUCAGUAAGGGGACUGACAUUACAUCUCUUAUAUAAGUUCUCGUUACUGAUAACCGUAGGCCAAUAGGUGUUGAUUAUCUGUCUCAGAUGCUUCCUUUAUAUUAUAUGAUAUAAUAAUUAUACAUAUCGUUGAAGUAAAAGUUUGUCUUCUGUUAAUUCUCUUCCGGGCUCUUCCAAGUUCCAGUUCUUCACUCUGUAAUUUGUUACAUUAAUCACAAUAAAAUUGUGAUGACCUGCUCGCAGUUACUUUAAAACAUAAUACUAUAUUUAGGUGGGAGAUGUAAUGCAUAUUGCACAUGUGACUUGGUAACUUGCCAUCAUCACUGUGACGAUAUUCAUACAUUGUUUUACAGUCUGUUCAGCUACUCACCAUUACUGAGUCACUGACUUGCUAUAUAUAACUGAAGGUUCACCACUAUUUCCUGAUACAGUAGAGUCUACAUUGUACUUGCAGACGGAUUGUUUAUUGCUUUUUUGUCGUGCAUAUACUUGGUAUGAUUGCAAUGUUUGGUAUGAUUGCAAUAUUUGGUAUGAUUGCAAUGUUUGCUUGAUAAUGACCUUAUUUCAAGAUUCUAAUUCAGCUAGGAAAGAGGAGCCUGGGCUAAGAGCGACCAGUGUUUUACUCCAACUUUGUUCACUAAACACAAAAAUACAUUUGGAUGAUAACUUAUGUAUGUACUGUUUGGGGGGUAGACAUACAUCUGAUUAGAUUAGAAUGCUUCUGAAAGUCUGAAAAUAAGGUAGCCAGUACAGCAGAGUGACGUCAUGUUUUUCAAGUUGGUACCGCACCUUCUGUAGUAGUACACACCUCGUACAAAAUUAAAUAAUCUCUAAAGUGAAACGUAGCCUAGCUGCACUGGGUGUGAUUUCUUUCAAUUUUUUUCUGAUUUCUUUACGUUUUUAAAGCAAGCUCUUAGUUCAUCUUUUAAAUUAUUGUUUAUAAUGAUUGUGGUAGUCAACUCACAACCUGGCCACAAUUACGUAAGUGAAAUACCGGGAUUCAGGCAACAUGUUCAUUUGUAGUAUGUUGGGAAUGUUUGGUGAAGUAAUUACGGAAGUAAAAUACCGGGAUUCAGGCAACAUGAUCAUUAUAGUAUGUUGGGAAUGUUUGGUGAAGUAAUUACGUAAGUAAAAUACCGGGAUUCAGGCAACAUGUUCAUUGUAGUAUGUUGGGAAUGUUUGGUGAAGUAAUUACGUAAGUAAAAUACCGGGAUUCAGGCAACAUGAUCAUUAUAUUAUGUUGGGAAUGUUUGGUGAAGUAAUUACGUAAGUAAAAUACUGGGAUUCAGGCAACAUGUUCAUUGUAGUAUGUUGGGAAUGUUUGGUGAAGUAAUUACGUAAGUAAAAUACCGGGAUUCAAGCAACAUGAUCAUUGUAGUAUGUUGGGAAUGUUUGGUGAAGUAAUUACGUAAGUAAAAUACCGGGAUUCAGGCAACAUGUUCAUUAUAGUAUGUUGGGAAUGUUUGGUGAAGUAAUUACGUAAGUAUAAUACCGGGAUUCAGGCAACAUGUUCAUUAUAGUAUGUUGGGAAUGUUUGGUGAAGUAAUUACGUAAGUAAAAUACCGGGAUUCAGGCAACAUGUUGAUUAUAGUAUGUUGGGAAUGUUUGGUGAAGUAAUUACGUAAGUAAAAUACCGGGAUUCAGGCAACAUGUUCAUUAUAGUAUGUUGGGAAUGUUUGGUGAAGUAAUUACGUAAGUAAAAUACCGGGAUUCAGGCAACAUGUUCAUUAUAGUAU